CGCUGCUGAGCUGCUGUCAACUAAAAGGGAAAGCUGCUCACCUGCCGAGCAAGUUCACUGCGUAAGAGGAGUAAAUAAAGACCACCAUGCUGCCUGACAAAAAUGGUCCAGGUGUGGGGGGCAGACAGAGCUGUCCUGAGGGAGAGGACCCCUCUGUGAGUCUGUUCAGAGAGUACCUCCGCCUCAAAACUGUCCACCCAGACCCGGACUAUGAUGCUGCUCUUAAGUUCCUGGACAGGAUUGCAGAGGAGCUUGGGCUACCCAUAAAAAAGAUUGAGGUUUUUCCAGGCAGAGUCGUUUGCAUCAUGACAUGGGAAGGGACAAACAACAACCUGAAAUCCAUCUUACUGAAUUCCCACACAGAUGUUGUGCCUGUUUACCAGGAACAUUGGAAAUACGAUGCUUUCAGUGCUUUCAAAGAUGCAGAGGGCAACAUUUAUGCCCGGGGAUCACAGGACAUGAAAUGUGUAACUAUACAGUACAUCCAGGCCAUCAGAAGACUGAAGGCAGAGGAGCAGAGACUAAUGCGCACUGUGCACUUAAUGUUUGUUCCUGAUGAAGAAGUCGGGGGUCACAAGGGAAUGGAAACAUUUGUGAAGCACCCAGAGUUCCAAAAAUUAAACAUUGGCUUUGCAUUGGAUGAAGGUCUUGCAAACCCUGGUGAGGCCUACACAGUGUUCUACGGAGAGAGAAACCCCUGGUGGAUCACAGUCCACUGCCCGGGCAGUCCAGGUCAUGGCUCCAGGUUUGUGGAGAACACCGCUGCUGAGAAGCUUCGCCAUGUCAUCAACUCCUUCCUGGACUUCAGAGAGAAGGAGAAACAAAGGCUCAACACCAGCGAGUGCUUCACGCUCGGUGAUGUCACCACAGUAAAUAUGACCAUGGUCAAAGGAGGCGUGGCCUACAAUGUCAUUCCAGCUGAAAUGGACGUCAGCUUUGAUCUGAGGAUACCACCGAGUGUAAAUCUACAGGACUUUGAAAGACAAAUCAAAGAGUGGUGUAAAGAAGCAGGAGAGGACGUCACAUACAAAUUUGCUCAGAAACAUAUGAACCAGAACGUGACUUCGACAGAGGAAGGUGAUCCUUGGUGGAAUGCCUUCAGCACUGUCUGCAAAGCAAUGAAUGUAACUUUGGAAAAAGAGAUAUUUCCAGCUGCAACUGACAGCCGUUUUAUCCGAGCUGUGGGUAUCCCUGCUAUCGGCUUCUCCCCAAUGAACUGGACGCCGAUCCUGCUGCAUGAUCACAACGAGUUUCUGAAUGAGCGAGUCUUCCUGAAAGGCAUCAGUGUGUUCGAAAGGCUCAUCCAAGCUCUUGCCAGCGUUCCUGCCUGUCCCAAUGAGGCUUAGACAAGUCUUCACUUUUAAUCCUUUCUACAAUGACGAUGUGAUUAUUUAACUUGGAAUAUUUGAGGAGAUUACCAAAGAAUAAUAACAUAUAUAUCAUAAGCCAAAACUGAGCACUUAGCCUUUGAUAGAAGUGAUUUUGUUUCUUGAUUCUCAGGAUAAAGACAUUAAGAUUUUAUUACUCUGUAUUACAUCAGGUUUUUUAACAACACACUUACUGUUUGUCCGUAUUGUUGAGUGAUGAGUGUGCUUGUGUGUAUACAGUCUUAAAGAAAUAUCAUACAUUGUGACAACUGUAUUUCUAAUCACAACGUUGGUUUGGAAAAAUCAACCUACUAUAAUGUGAAGACGACUUUGAUUGAUAAACUAAUCAGUAAACUUAAGCUUAAUUCCUUUUUUAAGAUUUCACUUGAUCGUAGCUACGAUUCCACAGAUAUACCUUGAGUUAUAAACUUGAAUUGAAUAAAAGUAUGUGUUCUUUA